AGAAUGUAACACCUGCACAUGUUUAAAGAAAUGGCUGUUGAUGAGCUUACCAACGGGCUGCUAUUUCAACAUUUACAGUUUCAGGACAAGAUAUGAACACAUCUUCCCGUAAGUCUCCCCCUUAUAUCAGCCCAAGAAAGGUCUUGCUGUCUUUGGUAUAGUGUGCUUAUGUGAUGGCAGUAAAAGUGUGGAGUACAGCCAGCAGACCAUGGAGGGGGUUCUGAAGAAAGUUGAGCAGAUGGAGGAGGCUGAUCUUGGAAGUACAGAGAUCCUGGAGUCCUGCAAACAUUUUUAUAGCCAGCCCUGCAUUCCCAGUCGGCCGAGACAGCUGUUUGUCUUUACUGAUGGAGAUGUGGGGAACACCAAAGAAGUGAUCGAUCUGGUGAAGAAGAAUUCAGGUUCUCACAGGUGUUUCUCUUUUGGGAUUGGGGAAGGGGCCAGCUCUGCUCUCAUCAAUGGGAUGGCCAAGGAAGGAGGAGGUCACGCUCAGUUCACCACAGGGACUGACAGGAUGCAACCAAAAGUGAUGCAGUCGCUGCAAUUUGCUCUGCAGCCAGCUGUGGUCGACAUCUCAGUCACAUGGGAUUUACCAAAGGAAGUGUCCGUCACUGUCCUCUCUCCACCAAUCACAACACUUUUCUAGGGUGAGAGGUCACUG